CUAACACUGCCAACCCACCAACUUCUUAUCUCAGUUACUUCACUAUUGAUAUAUCUUCUUUGGUAUCUUAAAGCCAAAAAGAAAAAUGGAUAAGAUAAAUGUGGAAAUGGAGCAAAUAAAGAAAACAGAAUCAGUAGAUAUUGAUGAGCAAAAAAUGGUUUAUGAUUCUUCUGUUGAUCAUAAAGGACGAGUUCCUCUUAGGAGUUCAACUGGUGUCUGGAAAGCCUCCCUCUUUAUAAUUGUGAUUGAAUUCAGUGAGAGGCUGAGUUACUUUGGAAUAGCCACGAGCUUGAUUAUAUACCUAACGAAAGUCAUCCAUCAAGACCUCAAAACAGCAGCAAAAAGUGUCAAUUACUGGACAGGAGUCACCACCUUGAUGCCACUGCUAGGAGGCUUUCUGGCUGAUGCAUACUUGGGAAGAUUCUCCACUGUUCUCCUCUCUUCCACGAUCUACUUCCUGGGCUUGCUUCUCUUGACAAUGUCUAGAGUGAUCCCGGGCUUACAACCUUGUGACAGUAACUUCUGUGAUGAACGGAGGAAGGUCCAUGAGCCGAUAUUCUUCCUUGCAAUCUACUUAAUCUCUAUUGGAACGGGUGGACACAAGCCUUCUCUUGAGAGCUUUGGAGCUGAUCAGUUUGAUGAUGAAAAUCCCAAAGAAAGAAGGAAAAAGAUGUCUUUUUUCAACUGGUGGAACUUUGGGCUAUGCUGUGGACUAUUACUUGGUGUGACGCUUAUCGUUUAUGUCCAAGAGCAUGUUAGCUGGGCCAUGGCAGAUGUAAUACUCACAGUAGUUAUGGCUUCGAGUAUAGCCAUCUUCUAUGCAGGGAGGCCAUUUUACCGUUACAGGAAGACGACUGGAAGUCCAUUUAUACCCAUGCUAAACGUGCUUGUAGCUGCAAUUAGAAAAAGAAACCUUCAACUUCCUUCAAAUCCUUCUCAUCUACACGAUGUUCCGAAGUCAGAGACUACCCAAAGAAGGCUCUUAGGCCACACCAAAAGGCUGAAGUUCCUUGAUAAAGCUGCAAUCCUAGAUGUCACACAAGAUUCAAUAGAACAGCAACAGAAUCCAUGGAAACUUGCAACUGUCACCAAGGUGGAAGAACUGAAGCUAAUUAUCAACAUGAUUCCUAUUUGGCUAACCACUUUACCAUUUGGUAUAUGUGUAGCACAAGCCGCAACUUUUUUCAUAAAACAAGGUGUGACAAUGAAUCGGAAGAUCAUUCACAAUUUCGAGAUCCCCCCAGCCUCAAUUUAUGCCCUGACAGCUGUUGGCAUGAUAAUAGCCGUCACUAUCUAUGACAAAAUCCUUGUGCCUUUCCUGAGAAGGACAACAGGAAAUGAGAGAGGCAUAAGUAUUCUCCAAAGGAUCGGUAUUGGAAUGAUCUUCUCGAUUUCUACUAUGGUAGUUGCAGCUUUGGUUGAGAGAAAGAGACUGAAUGUUGUUCAUAGAAAUCCAUUAGAGGGUUCGGCUUCAAUGAGUGUGUUUUGGCUAGCCCCACAAUUCCUUAUCCUUGGAAUAGGAGAUGGAUUUUCCCUUGUGGGAUUGCAAGAAUACUUCUACGAUCAAGUACCUGACUCCAUGAGAAGCUUGGGCAUUGCAUUAUAUCUUAGUGUAAUUGGUGCUGCAAAUUUCAUUAGCAGCCUCUUGAUAACCAUUGUGGAUCAUAUCACAGAGGAAAGUGGCAAGAGUUGGUUCGGAAAGGAUCUAAACAGCAGCCGGCUUGAUUAUUUCUACUGGUUGUUGGCAAUCAUCACAGCAGUAAAUUUGUGUGUUUAUGUUUUUGUUGCAAGGAGCUAUACCUACAAGAAUGUGGACAGUAGGACAACUAUGACUGUAGCUGAUUGCGAUGAUGGGGAUAAUCGUGAAACAAUGGUUUAGCCUAUGUAAAUAUUCGUCAAGCUUUAUUUAAGAAAUUCACUGAAUUUAUAAUAUCAAUGUAUUCUGAUAAGCUAAAACGAAAUAAAAUCUCUUCAUUUCCUUGUUCGA